AUGGCAUCCAACAUGUGUUCCAAGGUCACUGGAGAAAUGGUAUUUAAGGAUACUGACGACUUGGAGUCUCCUUCACGUCGCAAAAACCCUCCACAUAUGCAUCAAUUGGCUCAAAUUCCAGAACUUAAAGGCAAGCUUAGACUAUUAUAUAUACUGACCAUAAACCAUCAUGCCAUGAGACAUCAGGCGUCUAUGGGUCUGUUUAAUGGAAAAAAUUCGCUUAAAAGUACACAUACGCUAUCUAAAUCGGACAAGGAUUUAUCCGGAAAUGCUGAUCCAUCCAAUAUGACUCCAUCCAUGUCCUUUAUUUCAAAAAUUAGUGAUUUAUCAAUCCCACAACCCGAACAGCCACUGCCUGCUGCUCCUGUUUUACCAACUACCGCAUCGAUUUUACAUACAAAUACCGAGGCUCCGCCAAGUUUAUACAGGUCUAAAGAAAGACUUCAUGAUUUAGCCAAACUGGAGCAUGAAGAAUGGUAA